AUGGCAUUGGUAGAGAAAUCAGAUGGUAGUAUCAGAAUCUGCAUUGAUCCUCAACCCUUGAACAAGGCACUACUGAGGGAGCAUUACAACCUAACAACACUAGAAGACAUUUUGGCUGAAAUGGGUAAGGCCAAGAUAUUUAGCAAAGUCGACAUUCAGGAAGCUUUUUGGCAUAUCAAACUAGAACCGGACUCAUCAGGUCUCACUGCAAUGGCGACCCCAUUCGGUAGAUACAAAUGGAAUAGACUUCCUUUUGGUCUCAAAGUAAGCUCGGAAGUCUUUCAAAGACAUUUGAAUGAUGCGUUGGAGGGACUAACAGGAUGUUUUAACGUGGUGGAUGAUAUAAUGGUAAUUGGAAAGGGGGAUACAGUAGAAGAGGCUCGCAAAAAUCAUGAGGAAAACCUAUCAAAAUUACUCAAUAGGCUCAAGGAAAAAAACAUCAGACUAAAUGAAAAGAAAUCAGCAUUCCGAAAGUCAGAAAUUGUGUUUUUGGGACACAUUAUUUCCCAGUCAGGAAUAAAACCAGACCCAAACAAGGUGAGAGCCAUAACAAAUCUAAAAACCCCUGAAGACAUUACAUCGGUUCGGAGAUUUUGUGGAAUGAUACAAUAUCUAUCAAGAUUCAUUCCAGGUCUUUCAGCAGACCUACAACCAAUAACAGAACUGACUAAGAAACACAAGCUAUUCGUGUGGUCGAAUGACUGUGAGAAAGCAUUUAAUAGUGUCAAACAGAAGAUAUCCAAUCAUGGAACUCUAAGUUAUUUCGACCCGGAGAAGAAAGUAACUAUUCAGGCGGACAGCAGUCAAAAUGGCUUAGGAGCUGUACUACCCAUAGCAUACACAUCAAGAUCACUCACAGAGCCUCAGAAAAAGUGGGCUCAAAUCGAAAAGGAACUCUUGGCUGUAGUGGUAGCUCUAGAAAAAUUUGACCAGUACACGUACGGCAGAACAAUAAUAAUACAGAAUGAUCAUAAACCAUUGGAAAAUAUACUCAAUAAACCCCUCAGUUGUGCACCUAAAAGGCUUCAAAGCUUAAUGAUGCGUUUGUACCGAUACGAUGUUCAGUACCAGUAUACCAAAGGAAACAGAUUACAGAUUGCCGACACGCUAAGCAGAGACCCUUUGCCAGAGCAGGAAGAUUUUCCUGACACCUCUAUCAACACUGUAGUACUGGCCCUCCCAGAUAUAAUGUUAAAUAAAGUUAAAGAUGCAGUCAAAAUAGACAAUGAGAUGCAGAUGUUGAAACAGUACAUAUUGAAUGGUUGGCCAGACAAGCAUCAUAUUAUACCAGAACUUAAACAGUAUUGGUCACUUGCAGAUGUAUUGACCUAUGAGGAUGGCCUUCUAAUGAAAGGGGAGAGAAUAGUUAUCCCAAGAGCAUUAAGAAAAGAAGUUGAAACCAAACUACAUGCAGCACAUUUAGGGUAUGAUGCCAUGAUGAGAAGAGCAAGGGACGCAGUUUUCUGGCCGGGAAUAGCGGCAAGAAUAAAAGAAAUAGCCAAUGCAUGCCAACCUUGUCAGCAAAGUAAACCUGCAAACCAGAAAGAAAGCUUAAUACAGCAUAAUGAGGGUUCAAAUCCCUGGGACAAAGUUGGAAUAGAUUUGUUUCAAAUAUUUGACCAACAAUACCUUGCCAUAGUUGACUACUAUUCAAAUUUUAUUGAAGUAGAACAUUUGCACACGACAACUAGUCAAGUUGUUAUAAGAAAACUAAAAAAUUUGUUUGCCAGAUAUGGGGUCCCCAAAGUGUGCAUCAGUGAUUUUGGACCUCAGUUUUCAUCUGCUGAAUUCACAGCAUUUAUGGAAGCAUGGGGUGUCCACCAUUUAAAAUCCUCACCAGGACAUCAUCAGUCAAACGGCAAGGCAGAGGCAGCAGUGAAAAUAUUAAAGAAUCUGAUGAAAAAAUCCAAAGAAAGUAAAUCAGAUGCUUAUGAAGCCCUACUAGAGUUAGAAAUACACCCAGGCAAGAUACCAAUUUAA